AUGAGCGACAAGUACAAACAGUUCAAGCCUGUGUUGAUGCGGAAGGAGACAGGAACCAAGAAAUGUGAUUGUCUGUUCAGGCUCAAGGCGAGAUACACAUCAGAAGAUGGUUUGUGGAGGUUGACUGUAGUACGUGGAGACCACAACCAUGCGCCAGCCGAGACUCUGGUUGGCCAUGCCUAUGCCGGUCGCCUUACAAGUCAAGAAAAGGAUAUGGUGGGUAAAAUGGUUGACAAUAAAGUCAAGUCAGGUAACAUGUUGCUGGCAUUGAAGGAUGUCAACCCUCAGAAUCUGACUACCAUACGGCAAGUGUACAAUGAGCGGAUGACACACAUUAGGGUCAAGAGGGGACAAUUGUCAGACAUGCAGCACUUGAUGAGGUUGUUGGAGGAAGACAAGUACACGCACUGGUCCAGAACUAAAGAGGGUUCCACGGUGAUCCGGUCCUUAUUCUGGGCCCAUCCAGUUUCCAUCCAACUGUUCAACCAAUUUCCUACUGUUGUCUUGCUUGAUAGCACGUACAAGAUCAACAAGUAUAGGAUACCAUUGCCGGAGAUGGUUAGUAUGACAUCAGUUGGAUUCACAUACACCAUUGCUUUUGGCUACAUGUGCAAUGAGCGUGAACCUGAAGUUACAUGGGCACUUCAAAAACUAAGGGGGUUGCUACUUAGGGAGGAGGACAUGCCUAAAGUCAUGGUUACUGACAAAGACACUGCUUUGAUGAACGCAGUUACAACCACAUUCCCCACAGCAACUCACUUGCUACGCCAAUUCCAUAUUGUUAAGUGUGUGAAGGCAAAGUGCAAGCUCACUAUCAAAGACAAUGAGAUGUGGGAUGAUGUCGGGGACGCAUGGAAUAGAGUCAUGUAUGCCGAGUCAGCGGAGGAGUUUAAUGCGAGCAUGGACUUCUUACGUUCACUUUUUGGGGAGCCCUCUGACCUCAUGCAUUACAUUAAGGAAACUUGGUUGUCGUUUAAGCACAAGUUUGCGAAGUAUGCGAUUGACCGUUAUAUGCACAUGGGUAACACAACUACAAACAGGGUUGAAGGUGCACACGCAAAACUGAAAGCGUGCAUCAAAGAUAGGAAGAGUGACAUGUGUGCGGCUUGGGCAGCUAUACAUAGGUGCACACUUCUCCAGCAUACAAGGAUUAAUGCUGCUUUUCAUGCAAGUAUCUUCAUCGGAGAGCACACAUUGAAGGAGAAGUUGUACGACAACCUGCAUGGUGUAGUCUCAAGAUAUGCGCUCAUGUUGAUCGCAAAGGAGAAAGCGCGCGUUGGAAAAUGCGGCUGCACUAUGAGGAGGACACACGACCUGCCUUGUUCAUGUCAGAUUGGUAGGAUGGCCACUAUUCCAUUGACGGCAAUGGACCAACAUUGGAGGAGGCUUACAUCAACAUCUGCACCUGAUGAAUCCCAACCUGUUUUGGGAUUGAGCAUUGCGACAGAGUUAGAGGUCAUUGUAAAUAUGUUUGAAGAAGCUAAUGUUUCGAGAAGACAAGCUAUCAAAGAGGGGCUUCGGGAGAUUGCAUACCCAGAUCAGACUUCUAUGUGUCCUCCUCCAAACAAGUUGCCUACAAGGGGUCGGCCUAAUGAACCUAAGGGUUCUACCAUACGCAUUCCUUCAUCUUGGGAGAAUGCUGAUGCAAUAGCUGGGUCAAAGCAAGCUAGCAACUCAUCAGCUCCACAAGGCAAGGGGCGUAAGACCCGGUCGGCAAAACGGAAGAGCAUUCCUUUGAAGCAAUCUGCACCUAAGAAGAGAAGCAAAAGGAUUGCAAGCAACUCAGCUAAACUCACGCCACAGCACCCGAAAGGCAAAGUUUACUCGGCCAACUACAUCCAUGAAGUGCCUGAAUUCCUCCGUGAAUAUGUCAUUGACAUUCCGAAUGUUGAAGAUGAUGGGAAUUGUGGAUAUAUAUGCAUUGCUUCCUUGAUGGGCAAGGGAGAACAAAAUUGGCGUCAAGUCCUACAAGACAUGAUAAAGGAGCUUAGAUUACGACAAGGUGUUUAUCAUGGUAUGUAUGGCACCAACACAUGUUACGAAAAAGUACUACAAGCCUUGCAUCUUGCUCCAAAUGAGUUUGCAACGGAGGAGAAGUGGUUAUGCGUGCCGGAUAUGGGCCACGUUGUUGCUACGAUGUACCAGAUUGUGUUUGUGACAUUGUCGAAUCGAGGGGGCGCCACCUACUUCCCACCCACCGGUCCAGUGCUACAUCCGUUAGAGAACCAGAUUAUAUGUUUACUCUUUGUCAACAACAAUCACUGGGUGAAGGAGCUUAUUUCAAGUGACUUUCCUUUGCCAACGGUUAAUCCACAAUGGAUGUAUCAUUGUACUGUUGAAGCUCGUGGUUGGCAGCUACCAUACCUGGAUCGCAUGAUCCUAUUCAACGAACUCUAUCGAAAGGCAAAUGUAGACAUACAUAAGAUCGAUGGAAUCAUAAAUCUCGCUGAAGAUUAG